AUGCUUUCAUUAAACAACAAAUUCAAAAAUAGUUUUGACGAUUUAUUUUUCAGUCGUGAUAAGAAUAUGGCAGGACCAAAAUCGAGAAGAUUAAGAAGUAGAGAAUCUAGAAGCAUGGUUUCUAAUUCAUUACAACCAAGAAGCGAUACAAGAAGCAAACUAAACAGAGAUGAGUCGAGGCUGACACUGUUUAUUGACGAUGAUUUUUUUGGUGGACAAUUGAAUUUGUUCGAGAAUACAAACAGAUUCUUUGAUGACAAUAGCCACCUUGAUGUUCAAGAAGAUGCUAAUAACUACUUGGUAUCCUACAGAGAUAAAGAUAUAAAAAAUAAAGAAUUAAAUGUCAAAUAUCUUAACAAGGAACAUGAAUUAGUAGUUUCUUCAAAGUUAAAGAAAUGCGACAAAUACAACGGAGCUGAUGGUAAUUCAGAAAGUACAUUCUCCAGUUCUUCUGAAAACCGUAUCAGAUUAAGUAAGCCUGUGAACCAUGAAGCUACAAAAACUACAAUGGAAAAUGAUUGUCUCAGGUUGACCAUUCCAAAGCUUGAGGCAGAUGAAAAUAUUUUCAGAAUAGAAGAUGAUAACGACCAAGAACAAAAAGUUAUUACACCAGCUAUAACUGAAAUUAACGAACCUUUUAAUGAAUAA